UGGCAGGUUCUUUUGCCUGUUGGAAAAUGCAUUUAUUGCACUUCUUGGCAAGUCCCUCAGAAAGAACAGAACGUAUUUGCUUCCAGAGAUGAACACGUCCUCUCCACUGAACUUUUCUGAACAAAACCUGAGUGCCUUUGGCAGCAACUUUACUGUGCCUACUGUCAAGAGCAAGUUAUCACCAUGUGAACAAGUGGUCAUUGCAGCUGAAGUGUUCCUAACUCUGGGCAUUAUAAGCCUUCUUGAAAACAUCCUAGUUAUAUGUGCAAUAGUUAAGAACAAGAACUUGCAUUUGCCCAUGUAUUUCUUUGUUUGCAGUUUAGCAGUAGCUGACAUGCUGGUCAGUGUGUCUAAUGCUUGGGAGACCAUAACAAUAUACUUAAUAAAUAAUAGGCACAUAAUCAUGGAAGACGCCUUCAUCCGUCAUAUAGACAAUGUCUUUGAUUCAAUGAUCUGCAUCUCUGUGGUGGCUUCCAUGUGCAGUUUGGUGGCUAUAGCAGUAGACAGGUAUAUCACUAUCUUCUAUGCCUUGCGUUAUCACAGCAUCAUGACAGUGAAAAGAUCGGGACUCAUCAUUGCAUGCAUCUGGACCUUUUGCACGGGCUGUGGCAUUGUCUUCAUUAUUUAUUAUGAAUCAACUUAUGUUAUCAUCUGCCUCAUCACUAUGUUUUUUACCAUGUUGUUCCUCAUGGUCUCGCUAUAUAUCCAUAUGUUCCUCCUGGCUCGUACUCAUGUGAAGAAAAUAGCAGCUUUGCCUGGAUACAACUCUGUCCAUCAAAGAACUAGUCUGAAGGGAGCCAUCACUCUGACUAUGUUACUUGGCAUCUUCAUUUUUUGCUGGGCUCCAUUCUUUCUUCAUCUCAUCCUCAUGAUCUCCUGCCCUCAAAACCUCUACUGUGUUUGCUUCAUGUCUCACUUCAACAUGUACCUCAUUCUCAUUAUGUGCAAUUCAGUGAUUGAUCCCCUGAUCUAUGCCUUUCGUAGCCAGGAAAUGAGGAAGACCUUCAAGGAGAUAAUUUGUUGCUAUAGCCUGAGGAUGGUCUGCGGAUUAUAGAACAAAGGCUUAGGAAAGCCAAAGCAAUCCAAACAGAUUUAGU